ACGCCUCUAUCUACAGCUGAGCCUGCGAGCGAGUGUGUGCGUGCCAGGUCAUCUGAGUGUGUUUGGCAGAGUCUUUGAUAGUCUCUGAUAGUACUUGGAGUGGUGCUUCACAGCUGUGGUGCCUUGCAUCAUCUGAAUCCGAGACGCUUGGUGCACAGCCACAGGAAAAGACUAAUUCACUAAUUCUCUACAUACUAAUGGAACAUCUACUAUGACAUUGUACCAUAGUUUCCAGACUUUUCUCCCACUACUCAAACACAUCGUGCGCCAUUGGCCAACUAACUACCAAUGGACCAAUGCCUUUGCUGUGUCCCACAGUCUCCACCCCUGCAGGGGGCUAUCCACUGAUGGCUCCACCCCUCAGCCAUGGAUUAGUCAAAGUUCUGUUGAAGUUUUAGGCCAUGCCUACCUGAGAGAUGACAUGACCAAUGUGACAGCUAAAAUCUUGUCCAGAGUUGGCCGCCAACUUCACAACCGGCCCCACCACCCCUUGUGGCUUAUUAAAGAACGCAUCAAAGACCAUUUCUACCGCUCCUAUGUCGGUCGCUCGGGAAACCCAAUCUUUUCAGUACAUGACAACCUUAGUCCAGUAGUGACGGUGGAACAGAACUUCGAUAGCCUGCUUAUUCCACCAGACCAUCCUAGUCGGAAAAAAGGAGAUAACUACUACCUGAACCGCACACACAUGCUGCGGGCGCACACUUCAGCCCACCAGAAGGAGCUGGUGGGCUCUGGGCUGGACUGCUUCCUGCUGGCUGGAGAUGUGUACAGACGAGAUGAGAUAGACUCCAGCCACUACCCUGUCUUUCACCAGAUGGAGGGAGUACGACUUUUCUCCAACCAUGAGCUGUUUGCCCAGGUGGAGAAUGGUGAGGAUUUGUCCCUAUUUGAGGGUGGUGGUCGUCGCACUCCUCAGAAACAGGAAACACACACGCUGGAGGCUGUCAAACUCGUGGAGUUCAAUCUGAAACAGACACUUACACGCCUCAUGCGACACCUGUUUGGGGAAGAUCUGGAGAUCCGCUGGGUGGACUGCUACUUCCCUUUCACACACCCCUCCUUUGAGAUGGAGGUGCGCUUCCAGGGAGACUGGUUGGAGGUGCUAGGCUGUGGGGUGAUGGAGCAAGAGCUCGUGAACUCAGCUGGUGCUUGUAACAAAAUGGGCUGGGCUUUUGGUCUCGGGCUGGAGAGGAUGGCCAUGGUUCUGUUCGGCAUCCCAGAUAUUCGACUUUUCUGGAGCAAGGACGAACGCUUCCUGAAGCAGUUUUGCUUGUCUGACAUCUAUAAGCCUGUCACCUUUCAGCCGCUCAGCAAGUAUCCUCUGCUCUUCAAUGACAUCUCUUUUUGGCUGCCGUCUGAAGGCUACACGGAGAACGACUUCUACGACCUGGUCCGAAGCAUUGGAGGAGAUCUUGUGGAGAAGGUCACGCUGGUGGACAACUUCAUACAUCCAAAGACAAAGAGAGUGAGCCAUUGUUACAGAGUUGUAUACCGUCACAUGGAGAGGACGCUGACCCAGGACGAAGUGAGCAUUAUUCAUGGAGCCAUUCAGCAGGCGGCUGUAAAAGAGCUUGGAGUGGAGGGAAGAUAUUGAGACUGCACAGGAACCAACAUCACGUCUCUCAGAUAUAUUUACUUUAAAUGAUGGUGAUCUUUAAGAGACUUUCACCUUCUCAUGAUUCACAGAUAUAGUCUCACUUCUAUGAGAUUAAUAAAAUGUGUCAACUUUUUAAUAGUAGUAAAAUCAGUUCUGUGGGACUCUGUCUUCCGUUUUCUUCAAGGAAUAGUUAACCCAACAGUAUGUUCUGUUAUUAUCUAUUCACCUGAGUAAAAAUGAAACAAAACAAUUUUGGGGGGUGAACUAUCCCUUUAACAUUUUUUUUUUUUUUUGGCAUAUGAAGCAGGAUUUGACCUUGAAAUGACAUUUUGGUCACAAUAACCUCUCUAGGCCUGAUUGUACGUACAGUAUAAUUCCAUAUCGCCCUAGCUUUAUAAUGGCUUACUUAAAUAAGCUGUGUCACUGGCUGGUGGGGGUGCACUUUUAAUGUAAUACAAAUGUCAAAGAGGCCUUGUACACACCUGCCGCAGAGUCUGAUGAGAAGCUGGAAACAUAGCCAGUACAGCUCUUAUUUAUACAUUUGUAUUUCCUUAGAAGAUGUGAGGUAGCAUGUAAUGAGCUGCUGCACAGAAAUUAGUGAGAUAAUGAAACACUUCCUUAUAGUCACUCCACAGUAAAAUUGUAAACAGGAAGGUAACAGGUCCUCUGUUGUAUUGUUUGUGGUAAAAAAAAUAAACUGAAUGUCGAGGUG